AUGCUAGAUAAAAUUCAUCCACAUCUGCCAAAGCCACCAAGCGACCCUAAUACUUACACCCUGGGCUGCAUUGGGAGGCACAACAUCGUCAUUGCCUGCUUACCGAAAGGCCAGUACGGCACGAACUCAGCAUCGGCGGUUGCAACUCGGAUGGUAAGCACCUUUCCAUCCAUUAAGGUUGGCCUUCUGGUUGGUAUCGGCGGCGGCAUUCCACCAAAAGUCAGACUCGGGGACGUCGUGGUCGGCACGCCCGUUGAUCAGUGUUCAGGGGUGGUCCAGUGGGAUCUGGGCAAGGCAGAAGCAGAGGGUGGCUUCAGAAGAACCGGCGUACUGAAUAACCCCCCGACGGCACUGCUGACGGCAUUGACGAAGCUAGAAACGAUGCAUGAGAUGAGCGGACCCAAAAUAUAUCAGUAUUUGGAUGACAUGGGGCAGAGAUGGCCCAAAUUGAUGCCAAAGUAUACCAGAUGUGAUUCUCUGGUGGAUCCUUUGUUCGAUUCCGACAAUUGCGCCAGAGAAAGCCAACACGGAGAAGGACAUGUGCACUACGGUUUAAUAGCUUCCGGUAACCAGGUUAUCAAGGACGCCCAUUUCCGUGAUAGUCUAAACAAGAGCCUCGGCGGGAAUGUGUUGUGUGUUGAAAUGGAAGCAGCUGGGUUGAUGAACAACUUUCCAUGUGUUGUGAUCCGGGGCAUUUGCGAUUAUGCGGACUCACAAAAGACUAAAGCUUGGCAAGAGUACGCUGCAGCUGUUGCAGCGGCGUAUGCAAAGGAGCUUCUUGAGUAUGUCCAGUCAAGUGAUGUUGAUGGGGAGCGCCCAGUGAAAGACAUGCUUGACGACGUCUUGGAGUCUGUAUCGAGAACAGAGACCAACCUUACACCGAUCGACUACGGUCCUCAACACAGCGACUUCUUGAAGAGACGACAGUCAGGAACUGCGCAGUGGUUCUUAGACUCUACAAUAUACCAGACAUGGAUAAGCUCAAACAAGCAGACGUUAUUCUGUCCCGGUAUUCCCGGCGCAGGAAAAACAAUCCUGACGGCAGCAGUCAUUGAUGACAUUACUGCCCGAUAUCUAAAUGACAAAUCCGUUGGAAUUGCGUAUGUCUACUGUGACUUCCGCCGGCAAAACGAGCAAAGCGCGGAAGACUUAAUAACAAGUCUCCUAAAGCAAUUAAGCCAAUGCCGGCCUUCCCUCCCAGACAUUGUGCGCAGCCUCUAUGACCGUCAUAGACAUAGACGGACCCGACCAGAAUUCGACGAAAUUUCAACGACACUCCGAUCCGUGGGUGCUAUGUACUCGAGAGUCUUUAUUAUUAUCGAUGCGCUCGAUGAAUGUCAGACAUCUAAUGACUGUCGAACGAGGUUAAUCACGGAGACUCUGAAUUUCCAGGCAACGUGCGGUGGAAAUAUCCUUGCCACUUCAAGAUUCAUUCCGCAGAUCACUGAGAAAUUCAAGAAAUGCAUGACACUGGAAAUCCGCGCACAUGAUCAAGAUGUUCAGAAAUAUUUAAGGAGUAGGAUAUUGCAAUGUGAAUCGAGGCUGUUGGCCUCACACUGUGAGGAAAUUCAAACUGAAAUCACGAAAGCUGUCAAUGGAAUGUUUCUGCUAGCACAGCUUCACUUCGACGCAGUGAAAUCAAAAAAAACCACCAAAAGAGUAAGAGAAGCUCUGAAAAGCCUUUCAAAGGGGUCUGAAGCAUACAAUGAUGCAUACGAAGAUGUGAUGCAGCGAAUUGAAGGGCAGGACAUAGAUUCCCGGAAGCUUGCAUACGAUGCUCUAUCGUGGAUCAACUGUGUAAUGAGGCCGCUGAAUACAUUAGAGCUUCGACAUGCACUUGCCGUGGAAGCGGAGACAGAAUUCGACAGAGACAACAUUCCGUUCCUGGAUGAUAUCAUCUCUGUCUGUGCAGGAUUGGUCACAGUUGACGAAGAAAGUGAUGUCAUUCGUUUGGUACAUUAUACAGCACAAGAGUUCUUCCAACGAACGUGGACCAGGUGGUUCUCAAACGCACAUCACGGCAUUGCGACAGCUUGUGUAACAUACCUCUCUUUUGAUCCCUUCAAGACAGGCCCUUGUUCCACAGACAUGGAUUUUGAAGCGCGAUUAGACGCUUACCCCCUUUUCUCCUAUGCAGCGAGAAACUGGGGUCAUCAUGUUCGGGCACAAGAAAUGGAAAUAAGCUUGAUAGUGGCCCUGCUUGAAGAUACACCCAGGCUAAAUGCCUGUGUGCAAGGCCUUUUCGCUCGCAAAGAGUUUUCAACUCACUGGAAUUAUAGCCAACAGGUUCCCAAGUUGUUCACAGGACUACAUCUUGCAUCAUACUUUGGGCUAGAGAAUGUGGUGCUGUACAUGAUUCAGCAGGGGAAACAGUCUGAACACCUGCUGGGGAGAAGUAUCAAUUCAGAUUCAGCAGAUAAUGAUGGUCGAACUCCACUAGCGUGGGCAGCAUGCAAUGACCAUGAGCGAGUGGUCAAACUUCUGGUGGAGAAAGGUCUUGGCCUAGGCUCGAGAGAUACCUUCGGCCGUACUCCACUAUCAUUAGCCGCGUCGAAUGGUUGUGUGGGAGUGGUGAAGCUCCUAGUGGAGAUUGGUUCAGAUCUAAAUUCUAGAGACGCAGAUGAUCGAACUCCUCUAUCAUGGGCCGCAUAUAAAGGUCAUACAACAAUUGUGCAAUUGUUGCUGGAAGGUGGUGUUGAUCCAGACUCCAAGGAUGUGGAUGGUCGAACCCCUAUUUCGUGGGCGGCCUACAACGGCUGCGAGGCAGUGGUACAGAUCCUGCUAGUACACUGUGCUGAUCCAGACUCCAAAGACGAGACUGGACGGACUCCUUUAUCGUGGGCGGCAGAGAAUGGCCACGAGAGAGUGGUCAAGCUCCUAUUGAAGAAAGGCGUUGAAGUAACCUCAAUCGAUCAAACAGGUCGAACCCCACUCGACUGGGCAUCCUACUACGGUCACAAGACAGUAGUCGAACUCCUUUUGAGCAAAAUUCCUCAUAGGCACCCACACGCCCUUAGUGCUACCGGUAGAGCUGCUGUGAAGCAGGGUGAUUGUGAGAACAACGAACCUCGAAACUCAGGUUCCUAUGCCCACACCCCAAGCGCCACAUGUUCAGAUGGCCAUGAAGUUCGAGGUCAAGACCAGCAGAAGCAACCACUUAGGGAGCCUAGCUUGGAGAGUACCGGGAUUUUUACAACAAAUGGUGACAGUCAAAGACGACCACUGUCGCCGGAAAUCGCCUCGCCUCAUACUGUGCCUUCCCUCCACUCUAAGUGGUAUUGCCGGCUGUGUCCUGAGAAAGAUCGCUUGUAUACAGAGAGAGAGCUCCGACAACAUAUAAGAUAUACUCACGCCGUUCAGUAUCAUUUUUAUUGCACUGACCCUCAUUGCCCUGAUGCUAUUGCACGCAACCCGAUUGCCAGUAGAUUUGACUACGUUCGGCAUCAUUAUACCACGAAACAUGGAAGGUGGGCAAGCAAACAGGAAAUAUACCAAUCCCGACAAGAAGAGCCUCAUCCUCGUUUCUGUCUAAUUUGCGAUACAUCCGUUCGCUCGUGGCGGGAGUUCUACGAUUGUGUCACUCGCCACUGUCAGGGUCCGCGCUCUUCGACUGUCAGCGAUGAACAGAGUGCCGCUGGCUCACCAAAGACAGAGAGCAUCAAGGAUGAGCCUGGCCGGUCACUCACUGCUCCGAAAUUGUCACAUGACGAACAUGCACUGCAAGAUCUUCAAAUGCAGCUGAUGCUGCUCGAACAGCAAAAGAGACGUCUAUCAAAAGAGAUUUGA